UUCCCCCUCUUUUUUCUUGUCGCUCAAAAACCCUAGGCACGCUGCUCUUCAUAAGUUUUCUUCCUCCUCGCUCCCCAAGUUCUUAGGCUUCCACUGCUUCUCCCUACUUGAUCCGGGACUCACUUACACUCAGGCUUCCGACGAAGAAGGAUGCCGCUGAAACAUAAAGGCAGCGACAGUUCGGCUGAACCCAAGAAGCGCAAGCGCGUUGGUUUCGCAGAGAUUGAUCCUGGAGUUGAGCCAGAAGAGUGUAUUAAGAUUUUCCUCGUAAAAAAUAAAGAUGAAGUGGGUGCAACAGACAGCUUGUGCAUCAAACCAAUUGAUCUGAAUCAAUUUUUCAAUGUAGAUGAGAAGAUAUAUGGCUAUAAGAACUUAAAGGUUAAUGUUUGGUUAAAUUUGGUGUCUUUUCAUGCUUACGCUGAGGUUACUUUUGAGAAUAAAAGUGACCGUGGAAAAGGGAUCACUGAUCUUAAUCCAGCUCUUCGGGAUAUAUUUGGUGAAUCAUUGAUUGCAAAAGAACAAUUCCUUCAAUCAUUUUCAACAAACAGAGAUUACAUCAGUAGUGUUAUUGCUGAUGGUGCUGGUGUUACUUGUAAUUCCUUAUUGAACGAUGCUGAUGGUUCAGUCAUUGAGGUCGUUCAGAUGAAGCUGCACAGCCCAGCUGUUGGUUUGCUUUACAGUCGAUUGUUUCCUCUUGUGCUUAUGCUUGUCGAUGGUGGCAGUGCUAUCAAAGUAACUGAUCCAAACUGGGAUAUCUUUUUAGCUGUGAAGAAGGUUCAAGAUCCUUCAGGGAUAUCUAUUGUUACCAAUGUGCUUGGUUUUGCCACUGUUUAUCGUUUCUUCCAUUACCCUGACAGCAUCCGAUUCCGAAUUGGCCAGAUCUUAGUAUUGCCCCAAUACCAGGGUCAAGGGUAUGGACAACUUCUCUUUGACUCUGUGUAUUCUGUUGCAUUAUCUGAAAAUGUAUAUGAUGUGACUGUCGAAGAUCCUUCGGAGUACCUUCAGUACCUUCGAACCCGCAUAGACACCAACCGCUUGCUUGGCUUUGAUCCAGUAAAGCCAGCCAUUGACUCGGUCCUUUUGCGGCUAAAGGAAGAGAAUCUAUCAAAGCUAAGUUCCAAGCCCAGCUUUAUCCCCCCAGCCAAUCUAAUAACACUUGCUCGACAAAAGUUAAAGAUCAACAAGAAAAUGUUCCUUGCAUGCUGGGAGGUCCUCAUAUACUUGAGCCUUGAUUCAGGGAGCAAGUGCAUGGAAAACUUUAGAGCCUGUUUUUCAGAUCAUGUGAAAGGCAUCAUGGUCGAUAAAGAGUCUACAGGUGGUAGAAAAGAGCUUAUCCAAGUGCCAAAUCAGUAUGACCCUGCCUUCUCCUUUGUGGUAACCUGGUCACCAAAUAGUGGAGAACUCAAUAAUAUGAAUGGCGACACUAAUGAUCAGUCAGCACAAGAGGAGCAGCUAACCCAUUUGGUGGCUAUGCGGAUGGAGGCUAUUGUUAAGAUUGCGACUAAGAUCCUCUCACUCCAAAAGCCCAGAUAGUGCUGUUAAAACUUCAUUGAUAUAGUCCCAGUGCAUCAAAAGUAGGCCCUGUGAGGAAACUCGAUAUGUUCAAUUUGCAAAAGAUGCAUUUUAUGUAGUGUUUGGAUCAAUUUGUUCAUCAAGAUAUUAGGAGUUUUUAUCAGCUGUAACGUAUGCUAUCAAAGAUGCUAGAAUUGAACUCUACGUUCCCUUUGGCAAAUCAUCUGUAGAAAUCUACGUAGCCUUGCCAAGACAAUUGUAAUACUUGAAAUGAAUGGUUCAAAGGUGAUUUCCUCGCUUGUUUCUCCUGUA